UCCGCCGAGCCCGGGGAGGCGGAGCCGGGCGGCGGCGGCGGCGCAGAGCAGGUGAGGCCGGUGCUGGUGCGGGGCCCCGACCGCCUUCACAGGUCUCCAGGCAGGAUCUCGCUGCUGAGGAUCCGUCACUUUGCUGAGGGCAGGGCCCACUGCCUCCAGGAUGGCGAGAUGGCUGCCCCGCUCCACCGACCUGACCCGCUUCUGCCAGAAGCUCAACCGGGUGAAGACCCUGGAGGAUGACAUGAUGGAGACAUCCUUUAACAGAUGCCUUUCCACCAUCGACUUGACGCUGCUGGGCAUUGGGGGUAUGGUGGGCUCCGGGCUUUAUGUCCUCACAGGCACCGUGGCCAAGGAGAUUGCUGGCCCUGCCGUCAUCAUCUCCUUCAUCAUUGCCGGCUUUGCCUCACUCCUGGCUGCUCUCUGCUAUGCCGAGUUUGGAGCCCGUGUGCCCAAGACAGGCUCUGCCUACAUGUUCACCUACGUGUCCGUGGGUGAAAUAUGGGCUUUCCUCAUUGGCUGGAAUGUGGUGCUGGAAUAUAUGAUCGGAGGGGCUGCAGUGGCCAGGGCCUGGAGUGGCUAUCUGGACUCCAUCUUUAACCACAAGAUCAAAAACUUCACCGAGACCCAUGUGGGUGCCUGGCAGGUGCCAUUCCUGGCCCGCUAUCCAGACUUCCUGGCGGCUGCCAUCCUGCUGGUAGCCACCGCCUUCAUCUCCUUUGGGGCCAAAGUGUCCUCCUGGCUCAACCAUGUCUUCUCAGUCAUCAGCAUGGGCGUCAUCCUCUUCAUCCUCAUUAUGGGCUUUGUCCUCGCACAGCCCAAGAACUGGAGCACGCAGGAGGGUGGCUUUGCCCCAUACGGGCUGUCGGGCAUCAUGGCUGGCACAGCCACCUGCUUCUACGCCUUUGUGGGCUUUGAUGUCAUCGCGGCCUCCAGCGAAGAGGCCAGGAACCCGCAGAGGGCUGUUCCCAGGGCCAUCGCUUUCUCCUUGGGGCUCGCCACUGGUGCCUACAUCCUGGUGUCAGUUGUGCUGACGCUGAUGGUGCCCUGGCACACGCUGGACCCUGACUCUGCCCUGGCCGAUGCAUUCUACAGGAGGGGCUAUGCCUGGGCAGGGUUUCUGGUGGCUGCUGGCUCCAUCUGUGCAAUGAACACAGUUCUGUUGAGCAACCUCUUCUCCCUGCCACGCAUCGUCUAUGCCAUGGCCGAAGAUGGGCUCUUCUUUCAGGUCUUCUCCCGAGUGCACCCCCGCACACAGGUGCCCGUCGUCGGCAUCGUGGUCUUCGGGCUGCUUAUGGCCCUCCUGGCCCUCGUCUUUGACCUAGAGGCCCUGGUACAGUUCCUGUCCAUUGGCACACUUCUGGCCUACACCUUCGUGGCCGCCAGCGUCAUUGUCCUGCGCUUCCAGCAGCAGAAGGGGGAUGUCCCCGCACCAGCAGCUAGUGGCCGGCCCAACCCCGAGCCCCACGAGGAUCCAUCCAGGGGCGAGCUGAAGGAGUAUGAGUCCUUCUCCGACAAGCUGCAGCUGGUGGACAGGGACAAGAGCAACGAGCAGCGGGAGCCAGGGCAGCUGAAGGCAGCAUUUGAGCCCUACCUGGAGUUCCUCAGUGACUUCUACCCUGGUGAGGUGGUCAUGGUGGCUGUGGUGACCCUGAUGGUGUCUGCCAUCUGCCUCUGCUCCAUUUUAGUGUUUGGCAACACCCACCUCCACCUGCCCACCUGGAGCUACUCCCUGCUGCUGGUCCUCUUCAGUUUGGGCUUUCUGCUCAGCCUCCUCCUCAUCUGGGCACACGAGCAGCAGCACAGCACCCAGACCUUCCAGAUCCCCUUGGUACCCCUAUCCCCAGCACUAAGCAUCAUCCUCAACAUCUACCUGAUGCUGAAGCUCAGCUACAUGACGUGGCUUCGCUUCGCCAUCUGGCUCCUUUUAGGCCUGCUCGUCUACUUCGGCUAUGGCAUCUGGCACAGCAAGGAGAACCUGCGGGAGCCGCGGCCCCAGCGCGUCAGCGCCCGCUACGUGGUGUUUCCAGGUGGCAGCCUGGAGGAGAGGGUGCAGGCAGUCCAGCCUGGCUCCCAGCCCGCCAGCGGGCUGCCAGACACCGACACCGAUGACUGCAAGAGAUGACACCCCUGGCAACAGGGGUACCUGGAGAUGGGAGCGUCGGAAUCUCCUCCCACAAUGAGGCCAGAGAUCCACCCCCCUCCUCCUGGUCCCUCUGAUGGCAGAUCCACUGGGGUUGCCCUGGGUGUGGGGCUCCACCGGGAGAGGAUGAGGAUGCUCACCCUUCCCCACAUACUUCUGACAGGGUGUGGAGGAGCUGCCUCCCUCCCCCAUCCCCUGCACUCAGGAGCUGGGUGUCAGCCCAGUGCCAGCCCUGCUCAUGAUGAGCCGUGUCCUUGUCACCUCUCCCCAAGCACACCCUGGCACUGUGCAGCACAUCUCCUGUCUGACAGCACAUCUCUGCAGCUGGUGAUGCAGAGGUUCCCCACAGACCAGGACAGGCAGCCCAGUGCUGCCCAUCCUUACUCUCGUCCUGAGUGCAGCCCCCUGCCUCCUGCACAGUCCCCUUCGGAAGGGGGCAGGGGCCAAUCAUGCAUCCUCACAGGCACCCCUGCCAUCCCUAUCCCCAGAGCUGCUCUCCUCAAAGGCUGGGGCUGAGGGAGCUGAGGGGCAGCUGGAGACAUGACAUGAAGAAGAGAUAUGGACAGAAUGGGUGGCUGGGCAGGCACCCCAGGAGAGCCAGUGGAGGCUGGCAUGGAAAAAGCCCAUCUGCAUCUUCUCAGCCACUGGAACUGGCUGGCUGAGGGAUGGACUAGGGGCCAUGCCUGCUGGAAGAUAAUGCCAUGGCCUGAGUGGGGUAUGGGUGCUCAGGUACAUUGCCUUGUCCCUGAAGGUCUCCAGCAGCAUCACUGAGCUAGUCUGCCUGGAGCUGGCUCCCCAGUUCUCCUGCACCCUAGCAGCACCACCUGCCCCACCAUGGGGACUCAGCCCCCCAUGAUGCCCCUUCCAGGCUCUCUGGGACUUGGGGACAGGCUCCGCAGGUGCUUUUCAGUAUUGGCCCCUCCCCAGCAAUCAUCCCCAUGCUCUGGGGUCACCCCAGCUGCAAGGGUGUCAUGGGGGUGUCCCCAGCAGCACUGCUGCAGCCACCCCUGACUGUUUUGCCCAUGGGCAGCCUAAUGGAAGGGAAAAGAGUUUCAGCAUGUUUUGGAAGUCAGUCAAGCGUGAGGUUGACAACUUGACGGGCCUUGCAGCAUGGACACCCUGCUCCAUCCUCAUCCUCUGCAUGUGGCAAGGAGCUGGGGACUGUGGGAAAGCUGCUCCAUUACUUCUGGCUGGCCAGUUCCUGGGGGCCCUAGAGAGGCUGUGGGCACCCUCAGUAGGAUGUGCUAACUCCAGUGAGCCCCUCUGUCUGAUAGCACUGCUCCGUGUCCCUCCUUGCCCCAGUGCUGCUGCCACCAGAGCUGUGGCCCUGCUUGGCACCUCUGUGUUGUGGCUUGUGAGCAACGAGCUGAUUUGGUCAACCUCAUAAACACUGUUUCUGCAAUGGCUCUGGCUGGUUGUGAUCACUGUGUCCACAAGACUCAAGGUGGGAAGCGCUCCCCAUUCAGUGCUCAGGAAAGCCCCCCCAGAAAGUGGGGAAAGGGAGGGUCAUGUUGCCCACUGCCACGCUGCUUCCACAGGGGUUCCAGUCAUGAAGACAAGCUCCAGCCAGACCCACAGAAACCAGGACCCCACAGGGCUGGGGUAGGCUUGGAUUUGAGCCUUACAGUACACAAAUACUCUGAUAUUGACCUAGACAGGACUGAACCCCACUGUGAGCAGCAAGGACAGUGCUGAGCCAGCACCAGGGCAGGGUCACUAAAGAUGCCCAAGGUUAUGAGCCAAAGGAUAUGAGAACUUGUGUAAUUAAUGGGAAUUUAAUUAUAACCCACAGUUACCCCCAUCCCCACACUGCUUUUGUCUAGGGAAAUGUCCUUCCUGAGAUGAGAGUCCUUCUUCAUUAAAAAGCAGGCGUUCAACAGGCACCUGGGGAGGCACAGGCUGAACCCUCCUUAGUGACUCGGCUUUAAUCUCAGUAAUAAAUCCAUUGUCAGCAGGACAAAGGCGAGUAAAAAGAUCCACAGGGACAGAGGAGGAGAAGGGAGCCCAGUGCAGGGCUGGGGAAGGGCAGGAAGGUCCUCACAGAGAGGGAUGGGUUGAGUGUGACUUUCGUGUUCCCAUGUGGAGGAAAAUCAAUGGCAGUCACAUCUCUCAGCUCUCCUAGCAGGGGUCUCAAUCAGCCUUUUAAGCUGCGAAAGACCAAGGAGUUACUGGAUGAGCCUUGUAUCCAUUGAUAUUUAUUCUGUUUAAAAACAUUAAUUUCUGAAAAUGCACGGAAAUGCCCUGAUAGGCUGUGGCACAGCACGGGGUCCUCCCCAGCAGAGCAGGGGGUGCCAGGGAUGCAGCCAGCAGGGUAUUAAAGGUUUGGAGUAUAAUUCUCCAGCACCUGGGAGACCAGUGGGACCUCUUGAGCAACCUCUUGUGGGUUUUCUUUUAAAUAGGAUUACAAAAUUGGUCAGUUAAUGUGUCAUAGACUAUCCUACAGCAGUAGCAUAUGCUCUGCACAGAACAUGUAUAAAUUGAUUUUUAAUUGACUACUCAUCAAUGCACACAGAAAAAAAGGGGGAUGGCAGCAGCCACAGCAGGUUCCUUUUACAGGAACUUCUUCCUGAAAAUUGUAUUAGCAGAAAAAAGAAAUAAAAUCCAAAGUAAACAGCAUCAGCAGGGCUUUAAGAUGGCAGCCUGUAAUUGUAAGAGAAAACCCUGGCUGCCCCAUCCAUAUCCUCAAUUCCAAACAGAUGUAAAAUGAAACCAUUCCCACGUGCAGUUUCCAGAACCCUGUUUAAUGGAGCUCCAGGAGCAGCUGCUUGCUGCUUCCCUGUGGCUGACCAUACACCUGUUUUCCAGAGCAGUAUCCUUCUCCAAAUUAGCUUAAAAAUAUAAAGUCAGUCCUCUAUUUUCUGGGAGCCAUGGCAAUGGUGUAAUCAGGCUGCAAGAAAUCAGUCUAUUUCCAGAGCUGCAGGGAGGUAUGUGGGUCAGUGCCGGAGUGGCCCAGGAACUGGGAAGGGCUUUAUGGGCCAUGGGGCAGGAGCAGCUCUGGCACACGUGCUUUUGGCUGGGCUAAGAGGGUUAAUGUGAAUCUUGCAUGAUAAUCCCCACAGACAGCAUGGCAGUGGACAGGCAGCAGCCAGGGCUGGCUGAGCCUCUCCCGUGAUGCUGCUGGACUGGGAGGACUGGGACAGUAGCUGGCAGGGCAGUGCCAGUUUGUUGUACCCUGGGAGGACAGUUUCCAUAAGGCAGGUGGAGCAGGACAAGGACAAAUGCAAAUCCAGAGGGGAAUAAUAUGGAAUUUGUACUAGAGAGAAAAUCAGUGCUGGGGCUGCCACAUAGCCCCUGUAAAUGGCAGUGAGUAACAGAGCCUGUGGACCUUAGCCCCGGGUGCAGCUCAGGGAUGCUCCAAGCAUGGACACAAGUACUAAGCCAGAGAUGAUUUUGGAGGCUUCAGGGCAGAGGAUCGCUGCUGCAGCCCAUGCAGUUGUGGGGAUGGGACCAGUGGGAGCUGCAGAGAUCUCUGGGCGGUGGGAACUCUUACAGGGAUUGCUGGGUGUUGGAACCCACAGGGAUUGCUGGCCUCUUGCUUGGGAAAGCACAGGGGAGCAGGAGUUGCAGAUGUACAGUUUAAUAAUUGGAAUAAGCAGCUUCUUGCAUAGCUGAGCCCUGUCCAUGACAGAGGGAGGAAAAGGGUUGCAUCCAGAAGACAGCAGCUCCAUGUCCUAAUUAAAUCACUUCCCAGCCUCAUGUUCCUAAAUUAUCACUACCCACUACCCACCCCCACCCCAUCCCCCCGGCUCUGAAAGCAGCAGAUGAGCUGCAGGGCUCAAAGAAGCUGGCUGUAAGUAAUCCUCUCAUUAUCCUGCCAUGCUCCCCUCCUCCUCCUGCAGACACAGCCUGAGGAUGAGGUAAGCAUCACGCAGCAUUCCAGGAUGCUAGCAGUGGUGUAUCUGCUCCUACCACCAGCUGGGGAAUGACAAGCAUUAAAAGAUGCCACAGAGCAAGGUGGUCUUGUUCUCCCUUCAUCCCUGCAUGAUGCACUGGCAGUCAGGCAGACAAAUCCCUAGGUCAUUCCAGGAGUGUUUGUGCUGUCCCUGCAGCCACAGCUCUUCCCUGUCUCAGCACUUUCCAAAGAACUGUGUAAGCGAGGGCACAAAUGGCAUGGCCCCAUCCCUGUAGUAGAGGUUUCAUUCCAACACCAGAUGCAUCUGCUGCAUCUGCUGCAUCUGCUGCAUCUGCUUUGGGGGCAAGGGAGGAAACAGCCAUUUCCCCACAUGUAACACACCACACAGACACAAAACUGCAGCUACCAGCCUCAAUGAUCUUAGCAGUUUUUUCCAACCUUACAGAUUCUAUAAAAGGAGAAUAAAUCUUUCCCACAUGCACAGGAGACAUGGAAUGAAGCAGUGGACUGAAACUGCCAUGAGGGAGAUGUAGGCAGGAGACCAGAAAUGCAUCCUGAGGCAAUGACAGCUUGGCCUGAGGUUGUGAAAAGUCUGUCAGAUGCUGGCAGGAAGAAGCUGCAGCUUGCAGCUCCUCUGGAGCCAGGAUGCCUGGUUUCUCAGUAUCCCACACCUCUCUUGCAAGGCUGGAAGCAUUUUAGGGCAGUACUGGGGGCUCCAGUCCUUGCUAGGAUAACAGCCAAUGCACCUCUGGGCAUGACAGCAUGCUCAAUAUCCUAAAUGAGAUCAAAGUGCUCAAGAAAAAUACUUGAAAAACACAAAAACUCCUUUCCUGUGUGGGGAGAGCAGCUGAAGACAUACAGGAGGCUCUGCUGCCCAGCCCUGCCUCCAAAGUUAGUAGCUGCUAUAGCUAGAACUUUGGGAUCACCUGCAUAACUUACACUGGAGAAGUUCCACAUCGAAUCAGGCAUUGAGCUCCCUGGAGCAGUAAUGCUUAUUUUCCAGAAACAGACAGCUGGAGCAGUCCCAGAGUGCUGCAGCAAAACAAGCUGGCAGAUCCUUCCAAAAGGUCACACGGGACAAGAACAGUCAAGGCUCCAAAAAGCCACUGAACAAAGUGAGGGCUACACAAGAAUUCUGUAAAAAUACCAUUAGUAGUAAUCAAUGUGGAUUUGUGUAACCUCAGUGCUCUGACUGGAACAGGACCUGUGAAGAGGCAGCAGUGCUGGUGUGCUGUAACACCUUCAUGAGGCACUUUUGCAAAGAAAACCAAAAGGAACAAUAUGGAACUGACACUUAAAAAUAAAAAGGCUCAGUACUAGAACUAUUGAAUCCCUUGAGAACAGGGAUUCAACAAGUUUUCUGGUGAGUUAUUCCAAGAUUGGCUUCCAACACAGAGAGAACACAACUGAAUUUGAGGAAAGAGGAACAAUGAAUCCAGCUGGGGAGAUCAGCAGGUAAAUCGGGAAUAACUGGUAUUUCAGUAUAACAGAACUACAGUUCUUGGAAUAACUCAUAUUAAUUCCUCACAACCUUUGGCAGCAGCUGCCAAAGCACAGCAAAUCCCUCCAACUUCCCACACAAACCUCCAGGCCAGCUCCAGCUGCCUGCUCCCUCUCCUCCUGGCAGCCCUCUGGGAAGGCAAAUCCCACCUGGAAACAAGGCAAGCUUGUGCUCUGUGUCCCUCAGCCACCUCAUCAAACCCACAGGACAACGGGAUGCUCAAGGUCCCUAUCCCAGUGACAUUGCCCAGUAAAACACUGCUGGUUCACCUGGUGUGUUUAGGUUCCCAAAUGGUUUGCUGAUACAUUUAUUGAGCCUAAAACCACACAGCUCUGACUCCAGUGACAAACAAAUCCAUAUGUGUCAAAACAUGUGCAAGUGGAUCUUCUGUAGCUGGUGAAUAAGGUCAAACUUGGAGUGUAUUGUUUCAUAGGAUUUUAAUUUGCAUCUCUUCUUUGGAGAACACAGGAAGGGCUAGGGGCAAAGGAUAUAACAGAAUAACGGUGAAAAAUGUUUUAAAAUAUAAGCACUUAGACUGAUUUAUACCAAGCCCCAUAAAGCUUCUGUGUUCAAUACACUAAGUUUUCAUCUAGAGACUGAGGGGGUGACAGGAUGGUUCUGAUGUUUUUAGAGACAGCCCAGAUUUAGACUGCAGCCCAUAUUUACAACAUGCAAAUGGUUUAGACAGUCCUGAAACCAAAACACAGGCUUGAUUUGUCAGACACGUAAUGAUAAAAUCAUUUGUGUAUUUAUAGGACAGACCCCACUAGGUAAACCAUAGAAUUAUUUUCAAGUAAAGAAGAUAAACUUAAUAGAAUCACAGAAUCGUUUAGGUUGCAAGAGACCUCUAAGACCAUUAACCCAGCACUGCCUACUCACCACUAACCACCAACAUGUGGUCCCUUUCAGCCUCAGAGGCUGAAAGAACUAGUUUUUAUUUUGGUGAGUAAAAUUUUAGUAGAAUAAAAACAAUAUUUUGACUACAAAACAAUAUCUAUAUUGAUUUAUCAAUCAGAAAUCAAACCAUUCAAAACAUUCAUUAUAGUAAUUUUGACUCUAAAAAGGGAAAAACUAGAAACAAAAAAAUGAAAACAUCUGUGAUUAUGUCCAUAGAUACUGGAUGAUUUUUUUCUCUUAUUUCCAAGGUCUGUGUGAUCCCAGGUCAUAGAUUACUCUUGGACAGGCACAAGGCCAACAGCACAUCAGCUUCAUGUGAGCUCUUACAGUUUAAGAACAGGAGUGAGAACAAUUCCCUGCUCCAAGCCUUUGGCCGAGGCAGCUGCCCUUGGCUAUGGAAAUGGCUUCAGCUGAUUCUAAGUUUAAUCCAAUAUUUUCUUCUAUAGCCAUUCCAAAAAUCUCCCCUAAGAAAAAGUACAUGAUACCAAACAGUUAAAAGGUUAAAAGAGUUAAAAGGAAGUUUGGGUUAGUUCAUGUACUUUUCUGCAACUGUCUGUAUUACCCCUAGGUGACUAAAACUACAUCUUUUUCUACCUCAUUUACCACAAACCCAAAGCAGAUGCUGCCACACAGUGAAGCAUCUAUGUUCUUUGACCUCAGGUUGCCAAGACAGCAAAGAGGGACUGAAAAUCCCAUCAUCAUGAUAAAGCCAGGGGCCAGUGCUCACAGUGCAGCUGUGAAUGCCCCACUCGGGCUCCACCGAGCCUGAAAGCUGACACUGAGCAGCCAGGGAGCUCCCACAGCCUCCUGGUCCUGGAACCCCUCCCUUAGCCACUGGAAAUCAGAACAGGUUUGCUCAGCAAGUGUUGUGUGAGUUUCCAAUGGGGCAGGAAAAAAUGAGGGUGUCAGCCAGGACAAAUGAAAAGGAAACCAUGUCCAUGCCUGAAGACAAGGCAGCUGAGGAGAACUGUUGGACUGUAAAAGGAACAGGAGGUGAGGAGGACAGGGGCGAUGAUAAGCAGCCACUGCAGCCGUCAAAGGUAAACACAGGGUAAAAAAAGCAGAAUAGAACUUGGAACGAACGAGGUGGAUGGCAGGGGUGUUCCUGGUGGCCAGAAGUGGUGAUUAAGGUUGUUUUCUCUCCCACGACACAAAGUCCACUGAAGACAUGAAGGACGUUCAAGAAGGAGGCUACAGCAGGUGAGAUGUGUGAGGACUGAGGAUUGUAAAGCAGUGGAUGGAGUGAAUGCUGAAUUUUGCAUGAAAGACACCACCCAGGAAGAACACGGAUCUGGCACACAACAUGGGAUGUGGCAUGGCAGAGAAAAAAAUCAAUAUCUCCUUUCUGAGUGUGUACCCAUCAAGUACACACUCAGUGUUGGAAGCAGAGGGAUUUGGAGUACAGCUGCAGGGUGAGACCAGGAGUAGGGAGAUCUAUGAAUCUUCAUCCUGGAGAUACACACAGCUGGGGAUACCCAAGGAUAUCUGUAGAUGGAGAAGGUGAAGCCUGUGCCAGGAAGGUAAAAAAA